GAGCCCCUCCCUUCAACGACGUCCAUCCCUUUGCCCAAAAUGCUCAACAACAACAUGCAGGCGAUCUCGGGACUUGACCUGUCCCGCAGGUGACCCCCUUUUACCUCUGUCCUCACAAGUGUUGGCGGACAUGCACACGGUCUCUUCGUCGUCAGUCUACCGUUUUGUCCCGUUCGAGUGAUAGACCAUAGAGCAUAGAGCAUAAACCCUGAAACCUAGACCAUAGAUCUCGUUUGUUUGCUUUCCUUUCACUUUCCGCCUUCCUUGACGCCUGUCAACCUUUUGGGCAGCACCCUCCCACUCAACCCACCGAAAAGACCUUUUGAGAUCUUCUCUAGAGUAGUUUCCCCUCUUGAUUUGCCUACCUAGACUUAGAGGUUCCACAGAUCCCCCACACAAUUCGCUCUCUCAGCACUCCAUCACCCUCAUACACCCACACGCAAAGGUCUUCACAAUGACCUCCACGCCGAUCGCAGGCGUGCCGCGCUCGCCAGAGGACUUCCCCCAGAUGUGGCAGAAGCCUGCCUUCGGAGAUCUCAUGGAAUGUCUCUUGAGCCUCCGAGUCGAGCCCCCAACCUGGAACCCCAAGAAGAAGAAGGGCCGCCGCGCCUCCUCCCUGUCCGAGCCACGCCCCAAAGAGGGACUGCAGGUGGCGGCCACCACUGCUGCGUUUCUACGACACGAAAUCUCGACAUAUCUCUCGAGCGUCAUCAGCAACCCUCUGGCCUGGCUGGAAGACGAUGACCAGAAGGACCUGGUCUGGACCGAGGCCGCACGCCGCCUCUCGGAGCGGUGCGGCAGGGCAGCCAUGGGCGAGAUCACCAGGCGGUGGCCGUUUGAGAGCAAGGACUACCCAGUCUUUGAGCUCACCAUCCGCGAGCCUCCCCUGACGGGCGACUCUCUCGGGCUCAAAACCUGGGGCUCGUCGUACGCGCUGGCACGCAUGCUGCACCAGUUCGCCGCGGGCCCUCUGUCCCAUCUUCUGGCUCCCCCGGCCCCCAACACCGCCGCUCUCGGCCCCACCUCCGGUCUCGUGCCCGUCCUCGAGCUUGGCUCCGGCACCGGCCUGCUCGGUCUCGCCGCGGCGGCAAUCUGGCAGGUCCCGGUGGCCCUGAGCGACCUCCCCGAGAUUGUGCCCAACCUGGCGCACAACGUCGACCAGAACCGCGCCGUUGUUGAGAUGUUGGGAGGCGACCUGUCCGUUGGGGCGCUGACGUGGGGCGGCAGUGGCGAAGACCAAGUCGACCCGGGCCUGUUUGGCGAGAAGGGCCAGUUCAAGAUUAUCCUCGUGGCUGACCCUCUCUACGACGAUGACCAUCCCGGCCUGCUCGCCAGCGCGAUUGAUGACCAUCUGGCCCGAGAUGCCGACGCCAGAGUGCUGGUCAUGGUGCCGCGACGCGAUGCCACAACCAUCGGGCUGAUCUCGUCAUUCCGCAGCGCCAUGUCAUCUGUCGCCCGUCACUCCAGCCUGCUGUGCAUCGAUGAGGGUGCUGUGGCCAGCCAGGAUGACUGGGGAGACGGGGAGGAUGUGGCAGAGGAGGUCGAGUGCUGGUGGGGGAUCUUUCGGAGGAGUCAACUGGCUCCGGCUCCUGGUGUAUAGGGUGUUGUAGUGACGGCUGCUUGGACUGGCGGCUCGCUCGUCUUUCUUGUCCUCUCUAUCGGUCGCCCCCUCGAGAUAGUCUGUGUGUCGCGAUGCGGUUGCUAUGAUUAUCAGUUUCGGCUCGGAGAGACUCAUCCGUGGCCUGAGAAUAGAUUGUCCAUGUUACUCACUCUCGGAAAGGGGCUUUCUGAUAUUCGGCCGCGCUGCAGGCCCGAUGCUGCAUGACCGUGAGGC